UGUUUUCGUGUCUUUUUUUUUUUUAACAAAACAAUGAUUGUAUGUUUUUCGAGGUUCAAAUGACAUUUUAUUUUUACAUCCUUGAAGAAUAAUUGGUUGCAGUGAUGGCUGGAUCAGCAUUACGGAGAUUAAUGGCUGAAUAUAAGCAGUUAACCUUGAAUCCACCAGAAGGAAUCAUUGCAGGCCCUAUUAAUGAAGAAAACUUUUUUGAAUGGGAAGCACUCAUAACGGGCCCGGAAGGGACGUGUUUUGAAGGCGGUGUGUUCCCCGCCAAGCUGAUAUUUCCCCCGGACUACCCCCUCAGCCCCCCCAAGAUGCAGUUCACGUGCGAGAUGUUCCACCCCAACAUCUACUCAGACGGCAGGGUGUGCAUCUCGAUCCUGCACGCGCCGGGUGAUGAUCCAAUGGGUUACGAGUCCAGUGCGGAGCGUUGGAGUCCUGUGCAGAGCGUGGAGAAGAUUCUUCUGUCCGUUGUUAGCAUGUUAGCCGAACCAAACGAUGAAAGUGGAGCAAAUGUGGAUGCUGCGAAGAUGUGGAGAGAGGACAGACAGGAGUUCAACAGAAUAGCAGAGAGAAUAGUGAGGAAAACCCUAGGUCUUCCCCCACCUCCAUGAGACAACGUGGACUCGUUUUAUGCUCCAAUCAUCUUUUAAUUGACCAUUCUUGCACUUGGCUUCAUGGGAUCAUGAGAUGACUGAUCUGAUUGCCAUCCCGUCAGAGGAUAACAGUUGUGUACAUAAAUAAUAAACCUGGUGAUUUAUGCAAUGUGUUUGUAAAUAUUUCCUAAUUACAUUAAAAAAUAUGUACAAAGAA